CUACACGCAGACUGGCGCCACAUCUCUGAAGCUCGUCAUGAAGCACUUCUGGACUCUGAUCUCAGAAACUCUGAGGGCCUCGCCAGCUGUUGGAGUGGACAUCACACGGGAGGAGAGACAUCUUAAGUGUCGCGAGUGCUGCAACCACCUGAAGAACCUGAGCAACAUUGUGGAGAACAGGGCAGGGCAGGUUGGUCGCCACGGCAGCACCUUCAAAGAGCUGCAGCUGCUCAUGACGCCACUUCACGAGACGCUCUGAGAAACACCAGGCCAACUGACCCGAUCGUUCAGAGUGUGAAGCCCGGAGGUAGGUGGUCCAAGUUCAGCUCAGAGAACAAACACUGCUGAAACACAAAUCUACCACAACACAGAACCAAGAUCAACUCCGGGUCCAACUUAUCAGUUCUAUUCACUGAGACAGAACUGAUCCAGUUUGGGUCAUUUUGAUAAAUGUGAUGGACUGAUGAACUGAAGCACCUGGUGAUGGACUGAUGAACUGAAGCACCUGGUGAUGAACUGAAACACCUGGCGAUGGACUGAUGAACUGAAACACCUGGUGAUGGACUGAACUGGGUCUCAGGUUGGACAGAGGCUUGAGUUAAAAAACUGAUGUUGAAGGCAAGAAACUGUUCAGAAACUUAAAAUAAAAAC